UACACUUCCCUUUCUUUCUUUCUCACUGAACAAAGCUUCUCUUAGUUGUUUGGUGAAGUGAAAUUGGUCCUGUUGAUUGAAGACACACACACACACACAUAUAUAUAUAUAUAUAUUCAAGGAGAGAAAAAAGGGUUCAAAAAUGGAAGAUGUAUUGGGGAACUCGUCGUUUUUAGCGAAUAAUUUCCCACUACAAAUCAUGUUCGAUUCGAAUAGCGAAGGAGACAAGUUGCCAUUAGGGUUCAUGGAGUUACUGGGCGCUCAAGACUUUACCAGUCCUCCUUUAUUCGAUAUCGCUCAGCAGUUUCCAUCUCUCGUAACCGACCCUCCGAUGAAGAUCGAGUCACCGGACGCUUUUAAUCCGCCUGCGACGCCUAACUCUUCGUCGAUUUCAUCGGCGUCGAGUGAAGCCGUCAACGAUGAACCUGUUAAAGUUGACGACCAAGAAGAAGACCAGCAAACAACAAAGAAACAGUUGAAACCCAAGAACAAAAACCAGAAGAGACAGAGAGAGCCGAGAUUCGCGUUCAUGACAAAGAGCGAGGUUGAUCAUCUAGAAGAUGGAUACAGAUGGAGAAAGUACGGCCAAAAAGCUUUAAAAAACAGCCCUUUUCCUAGGAGUUAUUAUCGUUGCACUGGCACCUUAUGUAAUGUGAAAAAGAGGGUGGAGAGAUCUUCCACUGAUCCAAGCAUCGUGGUAACCACCUACGAAGGGCAACACACUCACCCCAGCCCCCUCAUGCUUCGUCCGAAACUCAACGGUUCCGGCCAUCUCAACUCAGACAUCGCCAUCGAAGCCGCCGCCGGAGCAGCUUCCGGUAUGCCAAUGCAAAGGGCUCAACCUCACUUCUAUCACCAGCACCAGCAGCAGCAACUUCCAUUUGGCAAUACGUUGUUUCCUUUAGGCCAUAAUGGUUCCUGUAUUAACGCUGGUUUGCUCAAGGUCCAUGGCCUUCUUCAAGACAUUAUACCAUCCCAUAUUCUGAACGAAGACUAGAUUUAGAGCACCGGUUCGCUGUAAUAAGUAAUUAGUGACUUUCCUUCUCAUUUUGAUCCCAAGAAAACUCGGGUCUUUCCUAUUUAAUUCAUCUGACCCAUCGUUUGUCCUAUGUCUUUGUUUUUGUUGGUAAAAGAAUGUGCAUUGAUUCCCAUUGAAAGUACUGCAAAAGAGAUUUUGAGGGG